CCCAUCUCCAUCGUCAUUCUUCAUCUGUUUGGCGCCUUCCAUGGCCACCGCCACCCUCGCCGCUCCUCCUCUCUUUCUCUUCUCACGACCGGCGCCAGCGCAGGCGCGGACGGCGAGGAGGAGGACAGCGAGGCCCUUCCUCCGCCCCGCUUGCGCCUACGCUCUGCAAGAGGGCCAGUCCCGCCGCUUCCACCGCUUGCCGUGCGGCCUCGACCUCGAGGUCAUCGCGCAGUGCCCGCCGGCGGCGGGAGAGCGCCCGCCGCUGGUGUUCGUGCACGGGAGCUUCCACGCGGCCUGGUGCUGGGCUGAGCACUGGCUUCCCUUCUUCUCGCGGGCCGGGUUCCCCUGCUACGCCCUCAGCCUCCGCGCGCAGGGUGAAAGCAGUGUUCCACAAGAGGCAGUGGCAGGCACUCUUGAGACACAUACUGGUGAUAUUGCUGAUUUCAUCCAGAAGGAGCUCCCCUUGCCACCUGUACUAAUUGGACAUUCAUUCGGAGGCUUGAUUGUGCAGCAAUAUACAUCAUGCUUGCAAGAACUUCUGCAUCCAAAGAUUGCUGGUGCUGUCCUUGUAUGUUCUGUGCCUCCCUCAGGAAACAGUGGGUUGGUAUGGCGUUACCUUUUGACUAAACCAAUAGCUGCAGUCAAGGUGACUCUCAGCUUGGCUGCAAAAGCAUAUGCAAAUUCAUUGUCGCUCUGUAAGGAAACAUUUUUCUCAGCACAAAUGGAUGAUGAACUUGUGUUAAGGUACCAAGCAUUAAUGAAGGAGAGCUCAAAAUUGCCACUGUUUGACUUACGGAAGCUAAAUGCAUCACUGCCUGUACCUUCUGUGCCAGAAAUUACCACAGAAAUUCUUGUCAUGGGUGCAAGAAAUGAUUUCAUUAUUGAUUCUGAAGGGCUUUAUGAAACUUCAAGAUUUUACGGAGUGCAACCAGUAUGUGUGGAAGGUGUAGCUCAUGACAUGAUGUUAGAUUGCUCCUGGGAUAAAGGAGCUGAAAUAAUCUUGACGUGGUUAGAGAAACUCACACCAUGAUUGGGAUAAACUUGACAUGGUUUGACAAUUUGGAGCCCUGGUUUUUCUUGAUCUUUUUUGGUGGACAUCUGUUGGUAGGGACUUUCUAGGUUGUGCUUUGAAGUUGCUUCCAGUAUUAUUGUUUUGAUUGAAACGAGGUCCAGAUUAUCAUUUCAUUGUUUUGUUAGUCCAGAUUGCCAUGGCUCUUAUUCCCAUGUUUUAUGUGUGAUAGCUCCUCCACAACAAUAAUGUAUGUUUGCAAAACCAACAUGUUUUUUAGCAUAGAUGUGCUUUUGCUCAAGCAUAGAACUUUCAUUUGCAGAAAGUAGAGUGGAAGCAUUUGAAAUGUUGACUGUUUC